GAAAGUCUGUUUUCAACACAGGACGAUAAUGGAGGCGCCCGAUGAGGUGGAAAGUCCAGAUUACCCCUUGGAGGAGACCAAGCGAGCCAAGGACGAUGCUGAGAUGGUGGUCUCCGAAGAAGCGAUCACGUUCCUGUCCCUCAUUGAGCCUGUGGAGCUGUCAAAAUGUGUGUUUGCGGACUCUCUGGUGACCAUGUCAGAAGGGGGUCGAGACAUCGGGAGGUUCUGCGUGUCAGUGGAGUUUGCCCACAGAGCCCAUCAACCAUGUAUGCUGGUUCAUGCUCAAAGCCAGGGGGCCAUCGACAACUCCCCGUGUGGAACAACGGUGACAGCCUACCUAACUGCUGACCUCGAGGUGCUGGAGGAGGACCACCACGAGUAUGUCAAGCUUGAUGACCACAUUUUGGACAAGCGGUGUCACAUGGUGCAAUGUGAUGGACAAAUGAGCAUUGAUAAAGUCACCACUGAUGGAAAGGAGGUGACAAGAGACAGUGUUUCAUAUUCCAUGGAUGCCCUCAGAGGCCUUGUAACGGAGGGUUCCAACUUCUUGCUCAUGCGUCUUAUUGUGUUGAGGAAGAAAGUCCCAGAGCAUAUGAAUUUCAUCUCUUUUGACCAGAAAUUAGGCAUCAGAUGGACGACUUUUCGAGGACUAGAAGAGGAACAGAUGGAGAUUGAGGGGGAGACUGUGGAGGUCUUUGGAGUGGAGAGAAUUGUUCAUUCUGUGGAUGAAAGCCCUACAACAUGGCAGUGUUACUUUUUACCUGAUGGGCAUCUUGCUAGCAGAUUGCAGGUGGGCUCUCCAGUUGUGAUGAAACUACUGCAGUUGCCAUCACAGAAAGAGGAAGCUUAUCACAAAAUGCCCCUGGUGUGGGAAGAAGAUAUACAAAUGCGUUCAAAGUUCUUGGACAGAAAGGAGGAGCUGAAGGCUGAUCAUGCGUCAUACUUAAAAGCACACCCAGAAAUCCGUGCGCUCAUUUCUGACUUCCUGCAAUUUUUACUACUCAAGAAACCAAAUGAUGUCUUCCAGUUUGCCAGAGAAUACUUCCGCCCCUUCACCUUGGACACGAGCCAAGAUAGCUGAUCACACUGGAAUCUCACAUUCUCACAAUAACAUUUGUAUAACUGCUGUUCACUAAUCAUCAUUGGCUACCUUUAUUUUAUUUGAGUGACAUAUGGCAUUAGUGUGUGAUUUAAAGAAAGAGUGUUUCUCAGAUACUUUGUGAUCGUUAAAGCUGCAGCACGUAACUACUUUAUAUUUUUCAUUAAAAUUAUCCACACUGGG